AUGGCUACCCACCCCAGGCCUGAAUACGAAUGCGGGGACCCAUGGAUUGACGACGGAAACGUCGUCCUCCUCGUCGACCAGUCCAACAUCGCAUUCAAAGUCCACCGCGGUAUCCUUGCUCGACAGUCGGAUAUCUUCGACGACAUGUUCCAGCUACCCCCGCCUGCCGCUGAGGAUGACCUCGAGACCAUCGAUGGCUGCCAGGUUGUGCGCAUGUAUGACCUGCCCGUAGACCUGAGUGCGCUCAUCAAGACGCUGUAUGACGGCGCUGAAUUCCAGAACCGCAACGCGCUAGACUUUUGUCAUGUCGCUGGCAUACUGCGCCUGUCGACGAAGUAUUUCAUCGAGCACCUCCGCCUCAAGGCUGUCCGUUUCCUCACGGAAACUUGGAGCUGCACCCUCAAAGGGCACGACAAGAUGCUUGAACUCGCAUUACAGUCCCCAACCGUCGACGGACUUUCGUAUCCGUACGUGCACCCUCUGCACGUCCUGAACCUCGCUCGGGAGACCGACGUCGAGAUCCUCGUCCCCUCGGCACUCUACUUCCUCUCUUUCUACCCUCUCUCGGACAUCUUACGCGCGGAUCACCCCAAGCUCAAGAUAGACCACCCAUCACGCCCAUCUUCGGAACUAUCUCCCCGUGACGUGCAGGCCUACACCCUCAUGUUCCAGCAUCGCAUUGAUCUUAUCAUGGACUUCGUACGUCGUGUCGUCGGUCAGCGGGCGUCGAGCGAGGGGUGCCAAAACGACCAGGGCUUGUGUUCAAAGGCGUUCUCGAGGGUGUCCACAACGCUGUCACGCGCGUGGCUCAUUCGGACAGGCGCGCUGCACUUCAUGAUGCAAGCCGUGGACGAGCUUUUCAACGACAGCACCAUCUGCACCGUCUGUCGCCGAGCGUUCCGCAACGAUGUAUACAAAGAACGCAAGAAGUUCUGGGACGGUCUUCCCGGUGUUGUGGGGCUGCCUACCUGGCAAAAUCUUGAAACACGGGACCUGGAAUCCGGGGCACUUGGUUCGAGUCGUACGAAGAAACCAUCACGUAAAGUCGUUGGGCGGAGCUGGUGGAGAAUCGGAUAA